AUGACGAGCCAGGAGAAGUGGGUUAACCUAAGUCCCGGAGAGUUCUCUCAGCUUCAGAAAUAUGCGGAAUAUUCCACCAAGAAAAUUAAGGACGUCUUAGAAGAGUUCCAUGGCAGUGGUGUGUUAGCAAAAUAUAAUCCUGAAGGGAAACAAGAUAUACUUAAUCAAACAAUUGAUUUAGAGGGGUUCAAGCUUUUCAUGAAGACUUUUCUGGAGGCAGAGUUACCAGAUGAUUUCGUUGAACAUCUUUUUACAUCAUUUAGCAACAAAAUCUCUCACUGCAGUCCGUUAAUAAAAAACAAACCCCAGCACCUUUCUGGAGGUCUGAGACUUAACAAAGGUACCUCUGCAUCCCGACCUCCUACUCCUGCCAACUUACAUUUACCAGACAUGAUCCAGCUGAAAGAUAUUGUUUGCUAUUUGUCACUGCUAGAAAGAGGAAGACCUGAAGACAAGCUAGAAUUUAUGUUUCGCUUAUAUGAUACAGAUGGGAAUGGACACCUGGAUAGUUCGGAGCUGGAAAAUAUAAUUGCUCAAAUGAUGCAUGUUGCAGAAUACCUUGAAUGGGAUGUUACUGAACUGAGUCCAAUCCUUCAUGAAAUGAUGGAAGAAAUUGACUAUGAUCAUGAUGGCACUGUUUCUCUAGAAGAGUGGAUCCAAGGAGGAAUGACAACAAUCCCGCUCUUGGUCCUCCUUGGGUUAGAGAAUAAUGUGAAAGAUGAUGGGCAGCAUGUAUGGAGACUGAAACACUUUAACAAGCCUGCCUACUGUAAUCUUUGUUUGAACAUGCUAAUCGGAGUAGGCAAGCAAGGUCUCUGCUGUUCUUUUUGCAAGUAUACAGUCCAUGAACGCUGUGUCUCAAGAGCUCCUGCAUCUUGCAUCAAAACAUAUGUGAAGUCCAAAAAGAAUACUGAUGUAAUGCACCAUUUCUGGGUAGAAGGAAAUUGUCCAACAAAAUGCGAUAAGUGUCACAAAACUAUAAAAUGUUACCAAGGCUUGACUGGACUUCACUGUGUUUGGUGUCAGAUCACAUUGCAUAACAAAUGUGCUUCACAUCUAAAACCUGAAUGUGACUGUGGACCUUUGAAGGACCAUAUCUUACCACCCACAUCAAUCUGCCCAGUAGUAUUGCAAACGCUACCCACUUUAGGAGGUUUGCUGCCAGAGGAAAGGCAGGCAACAGUGAAAAAAGAAAAGAGUUGCCCACAGCAAAUGAACAAACUAGGAGAACGGAACAAAAUGCAAAGAGCAAAUUCCGUCACCGUAGAUGGACAAGGUCUUCAGAUCACUCCAGUUCCAGGCACUCAUCCACUUUUAGUUUUUGUCAAUCCUAAAAGUGGUGGGAAACAAGGAGAAAGAAUUUAUAGAAAAUUUCAGUACCUUUUAAAUCCUCGUCAAGUUUAUAGUCUUUCUGGAAAUGGACCAAUGCCAGGGUUAAACUUUUUCCGAGAUGUGCCUGAGUUCAGAGUACUAGCAUGUGGUGGAGAUGGAACAGUAGGCUGGAUUUUGGAUUGCAUAGAGAAAGCAAACUUGAUUAAGCAUCCUCCAGUUGCUAUCCUGCCUCUUGGGACUGGCAAUGAUUUAGCAAGGUGUCUGAGAUGGGGAGGAGGUUAUGAAGGUGAGAAUUUGAUGAAGAUCUUAAAAGACAUUGAGAACAGCUCAGAGAUUUUGCUAGACAGGUGGAAAUUUGAAGUAAUACCCAAUGAUAAAGAUGAGAAAGGAGACCCAGUGCCUUACAACAUCAUCAAUAACUACUUUUCUAUUGGCGUGGACGCUUCAAUUGCCCACAGAUUCCAUAUCAUGAGAGAAAAACAUCCGGAGAAGUUCAACAGUAGAAUGAAGAACAAAUUUUGGUAUUUUGAAUUUGGCACUUCGGAAACUUUCUCAGCCACCUGUAAGAAGCUGCAUGAAUCUGUAGAAAUAGAAUGUGAUGGAAUUCAGCUAGACUUAACCAAUAUUUCUCUGGAAGGAAUUGCCAUUCUGAACAUCCCAAGCAUGCAUGGUGGAUCGAAUCUUUGGGGAGAGACAAAGAAAAGACGUAGCCACCGUCGGACAGAAAAGAAGAGGUCAGAUAAGAGAACCACUGUCACAGAUGCCAAGGAAUUGAAGUUUGUAUGCCAAGAUCUAAGUGACCAGCUUAUGGAAGUGGUUGGUUUGGAAGGAGCCAUGGAGAUGGGGCAGAUAUACACAGGACUGAAAAGUGCUGGAAGACGGCUUGCUCAGUGCUCAUCUGUUGUCAUCAGGACCAGCAAGUCUCUGCCUAUGCAGAUAGAUGGGGAACCUUGGAUGCAGACUCCUUGCAUGAUAAAAAUUACUCACAAGAACCAAGCCCCCAUGUUGAUGGGACCUCCUCCAAAAACUGGUCUUUUCUCGUCUAUCAUCAAAAGAACAAGGAACCACAGCAAGGAAUAA